UUAAAAACGUGAAAAGUCGCGUUGCUUUGCGUCUGUGAAAUAAAGAAAAAUAGUUUGCAUAUCGCCGUGUACUUGACCCAUCUGCUGCAGCCUUCAGCACUGCGUGAGGAGAAAAAAAGCUCCUUUGACGUCAGCCACGUUAGAUUUCAGCAGUCCAAGAUGGCGGAGGUGAGCGGGUUGAGGAGCAGAAAUCACUUCGAGCCCAACUGCAAAAGCCGAGCUGUCGACGAAGGCUUGAGUGGCGUGGAGGAUGUCCCCAUUUAUCGGCAUAAGCAGAGGCCUCCUUUGGCCAGGCCUGAAGACCUGGAGGAUGAAUUUCUUCCCGUGAACAUGGCCUCAAAGUCAGGCAAAAAUGCCAGCCUCACCACCUCACCAGAUGAAGAGACUCAGGAAGAAGAGGCUGUGAUGGAGGAAGAAAAGGCCCGGCCCAUCCAGAUCGUACUGGCCAACGAGGAGGAGCACAGCUUUGAGCUGGACACUGCAGCGCUGGAGAAGAUCCUGCUGCAGGAUCAUGUGAAGGACCUGAACGUGGUGGUCGUUUCUGUGGCCGGGGCCUUCCGCAAGGGCAAGUCCUUCCUGCUGGACUUCAUGCUGCGCUACAUGCACAGUCAGAGUGAGUCGUGGAUGGGAGGUGACGAUGAGCCUCUGACAGGGUUCACCUGGAGAGGAGGCUGCGAGAGGGAGACCACAGGAAUUCAGAUCUGGAGCGAAGUCUUUGUGGUGGACAAGCCUGAUGGCAGAAAGGUUGCUGUGCUCCUCGUUGACACUCAGGGAGCUUUUGACAGCCAGUCCACUAUAAAGGACUGUGCUACUGUGUUCGCCCUCAGCACAAUGACCAGCUCCGUACAGGUGUACAAUCUCUCCCAGAACAUCCAGGAGGACGACCUGCAGCAUCUGCAGCUCUUCACAGAAUAUGGCCGGCUGGCAAUGGAGGAGAUCUACCUGAAACCUUUCCAGUCCCUGAUGUUCCUGAUUCGGGACUGGUGUUAUCCUUAUGAAAACAACUAUGGCCUGGAAGGAGGCAACAGCUUCCUGGAGAGAAGACUACAGGUGAAACAGAACCAACAUGAAGAGUUGCAGAACGUAAGGAAGCACAUCCACUCCUGCUUCUCCAACAUCGGCUGCUUCCUGCUGCCACAUCCUGGCCUCAAGGUGGCCACCAACCCCUACUUUGACGGCAGACUGAAAGACAUCGAUGGGGAAUUUAAGAGGGCGCUGGCCAAGCUGGUCCCUCUCCUCCUGGCCCCGGACCGACUGGUAGAGAAGGAGAUCGGAGGCAACAAAGUGACCUGCAGAGAUCUCCUGGAGUACUUCAAGGCUUACAUAAAGAUCUACCAAGGUGAGGAACUGCCUCACCCAAAGUCCAUGCUGCAGGCGACCGCAGAAGCCAACAACUUGACCGCUGUGGCAGGAGCCAAAGACAUGUACAGCAAGAACAUGGAGCUGGUCUGCGGUGGGGACAAGCCAUACAUCGCCCCGGCUGACCUGGAGCGCUUCCACGAGGAGUUUCGCGAGCAUGCGGUUCAUUCAUUCCGCUCUGUGAAGAAAAUGGGGGGCGAUGAGUUCUGCCAGCGCUACCAGAACCAGCUGGAGUCAGAGCUGGAUGAGGCCUACACCAACUUCUCCAAGCACAAUGACGGAAAAAACAUCUUCUACACCGCACGCACUCCCGCCACACUUUUUGCAGUCAUGUUUGUCACCUACGUGGUGUCCGGGGUGACGGGCUUCAUCGGCCUGAGCACCUUAGCAGCCCUGGCUAACCUGGUGAUGGGUGUGGCGCUGCUGUCGCUCUGCGCCUGGGCAUAUGUGAAGUAUUCUGGAGAGUUUCGGGAGAUCGGAACGAUGAUAGAUCUGGUGGCCGAUACACUCUGGGAACAGGUUUUGAAGCCAUUAAGCGAACAUUAUAUGGAAGACAACGUCAGACAGACGGUGGUUAACUCUAUCAAAGCCAGCUUGACAGAACAGGGCUCGCAGAACACCAAGUUAAAGACUCACUGACGCUCUUCCUCCUCACCUCCCCCAUCUUGUUCAUCACCCUCCCGCCCAUUCGCUCGAUGUGCUCAAUCCUAGAACUGUGGAACUAGUUCAACACCAAAGCUGUUUGCCCCCUAAAAACUGACCAUCACAUUGCUGCCCCGUCUUUAUUCGCUGUCGUGGACCUGUAGGCCCGCUGUCUGCCCUGCUCUUCAUCGCCUCCCAGUGCCUGAGAGCAGAAACUGCACAUUCAUGAGAGGACCGAGCGGAGAAGCCGGCGGCGUCCUCACUUGCCAAAACAGGACCUGAAGGACUGUCCUCUUCUCCAGUGUGCCAUGCUGUGAUAGGUGCACGUGGUGUAGUGCAUACUGUAGGCCGACACACACUUGACACCUUUGCUGAUAGCGGACUGCACUCGCUUCAGAUUAGAGCUGUAAUUCAGGGAAAACUGACAAUGCUGUGGGCAGCGGUUGUCAACAGUGGACGCAAACUAAAGCCCUUUUCUGUGCAUUUAAUCAUUUUGUCUUACAGGCCAGACAGUUCAGAGCUCAGUUUGCUUUCUCUUCAGCCUGUUGAUUUAAUGUUUCCUACAAGCACAAGUGACUAAUCGACUCAGAAAACUAAUCAUGAGGUGAUUGUCGUUUUUUUUCUCGUCAUUUCAGCAAAGUCAGGAAACAUAUUUUAUUGAUGCUACCGAAGUGAAAGUAAAUUGAAAACCCCUGUCAUAGACGAGCUGGAGAGACUAUUUUAACUGUCAAAUUUCCAACCUGUCCCCUUCUACAAAUCUGAACUGAACAGACGAGUGCAGAAAAUCAAGCAGAAACUGUCUCUUCUUCUGACAUGUAGUACUUCACCUGCCUGCCUCUGUUCAUUCAGCUCUCCACACCAACUUUGGAAGGUGUGUGUGUGUUCACCAGGUUACAUAAUCAAACUCUGGGCUCAGGUUGCUUCUAGACACCACCUCUGCAUGUCUCUCUGUGUCUCCCUUUAAUAUGUUGUGAUUGUAAUCCUGAAGAGUACUGUAGGAAGCCCCGAGCCUCUCAGCUGAUGUUUGAUCUGUUUUUAAUUUAGAACUGACGUGUUUUAUCUGGCCUAGCGUCUCGUAGCAGACCUGCCAGCAUUUGGCCCUCUGCAUGGUGUUAAGAGGUACUGUGUUGUAGCACUAAGGUAGCUUUCAGAGCCCAGGCCUCUGUAGUUGGGUAGCCAGGAAGGACUAUCAUUUUGAACCUUUUUCUCUUCCCCUGCCUUUCAUUAAAGCCCUGUUUUCCCUUUGCAUUUUUAGGAGCUACAGGCUGUAAGUUUUAUUCAUUUAAACAUCAUCUUUAACUCAAAUGCCUAUUACCCCUCUAAAGGAAUAUGACAUUGUCAUUCAUAAUUUUGCUUAUUUGCUUUCUUGCUGAGAGUUAGAAUGACAUCCUUAUAUAUGUCAGCUAAAUAUGAAGCUACUUAGCCGGUUAGCUUAGCAUAGAGACUGGAGGCAAGGUGAAAUGGUUCUGGUUUGUCCAAACUUUUAACAUCUUCUACCAGCUCCUCCAAAGCUCACUAAUUAACACGUAUCUUGUCAAGUGUAAAAAUAGUAAAUAAAAACAAAUUUUACACUUUAUUUUUUGUACAAAUUAAACAAAUGUGUUUAAUUAGUGAGCUUUAGCAGUGCAAGUAAGCAGUAUUUUGGGGGUUUUUUUACGUUUUGUACAGAACCAGUCUAGCUCUUCGCCCCCGUUUCCAAGCUUUAUGCUAAGCUAACCAGCUGUUGGCUGUUGCUUCAUAUUUAACUGACAGAUCUGGGGGUGGAUCUGUCUUAUCUGUCCCCCUUCUCACUUGACUCUUAUCCCUCUCUUCAGCGAAAGAUGCUACAAUCAGUCAAAUGGUGAGUACCAUUUACAAUUUAAAAAGUGGUUACUUCACAAUAAGAACCUGAACUAAAUGGACUGAAGAAACUUUUUUCCUUUUGGUUUUUCUAUCAUUUACUUUUUUCAACAGCUGCACCACAUCUGUCUGAGCUCUUUUGAUUCCAUCCACAUUAUUUCUCACCUCAAGCGCCAUCUUGUACUGUAGUCUCUCUUUGUGUUCACAUAUUACAAACCCGGGCAUGUAUGUUGGAUUAAAUAUUUAAAUAAACUUUGUAUACAUUUUAUAGUGAAUCAUUUGACAAUUGCUGUUUUUUUUCCUUUUGAUCAACUUAACAGUUUGUGGUUUGUUUAAGAAUGAUAAGUUGCUGCUUUAGGGUUUACACUAGCUUUCUCCUUUUUGUGAGGACGGACGUUAAUAGAAACAUGUCGUGUGAAUACUUGGAAUCUGAUAGGACAAUGUUUUGAUUGUGAUGAGUGGGUUGGAGACAGUCUGCCUUUUAAAGGCAUCUCUGGUAAUUUAUUUUUGAAUAAAAUGUGUACCUUAAGAAUAAAGCGUCAAUUCAGUU